GUAACAGACUAGCCUGUUUUAGAGUACUAGUGGUAUCUCCAUUUACUGAUAGUGAAAAUUUCAAAGGCUGUCCUGUCUGAUUUCCAUUUUUCUUUGUUUAUUAAUGCUUACUAUACAUAAGCAGUUCUCACCUUUUUUUGCUUUUUCUCUUUUUUUGAUUCUUUUCUUUGAAUGCUUUUGCAUGUGCAUGCACACACAUGCAUACAUAUUCCUUCCUUAAGCUUUUCUUGCUCUCUCUUAUGCUAAAAUCCUUAACUUCUCGCCUUCAUCUUCAGUCCUCUGGCUAAAGCUGCAUUCUUGAGUCAUUACUGAGAGUGUGUGACAAAUGUAGUAAUUAAAUGCACACACUGCUGUCUGUCUGUGAUACUGAUUUGCUCUGAGAGGGAUGGAGAAAACACUACCCUGGCUACAUUACUUGAGCAAUGAGGUUUUAAGUGGGGUUUGGUCCUAGAAGCAGACUUUAAUGACGGCAGUGCCAUUCCUCCAUCACUGACUUUCAAACUUUUGUCCAGUAAAGGAAAAAUCACAUGAUAGGGCGGGGAAAAAGCCACCUGCCAGAUACUAUUUUUUCUUUCUGUAAAAUACAACAAAAAAACUCUUUUCUCACCUAAAGGGAUAAAGGAUGCUGCUAAUAUUAAUUCUUUUCUUGAUACUCUUGCUUUCACUGCCCUUCCCUUCUGCAAAUGGCUGACGUGUUUUCCACUGUUGUCACUCAAGAAACGUAAGUUGUAGUUUGUACUCAAAACAAUGAGGAGUUGCUUAGAUUUCCCGCUAAGCGCACUCACGUGUGGUAAUGGGGUAAGGGCCAAACAAUAACCUAUAUAAUGUCCUUUCUUUUGGACCUUGGGGAAUAGGAUUGCUUGCAACAAAUACGUUAUGCUCUGAAUGAGGCAAACUUGCCUGUAGAGCUUCGUGAGCAAAGUACAAUGCAUAAUUACAGCACGUGUGAAUAUCUUUUGGUCAUCACUGUCGUUUUCUGAUGAAAAGUAUGCCCAGAGCACAAAUUAGUGACUUUCUGCUACAGUAUUUCUAAACAUGUAGACACAGCAGAAAUUUGGUAAGCUGCAUACUUGAGUUUCAAUACAAAAAUGACAAGACUUUCCUUGGCUUGCAGUAGUUAGUUGUCAGCAUAGCUAGCUUCCAUGUUUGCUGGUGUGAUUUGUCUGAGGUGCUUUUUCUACAAACAGGUAUAUUGCAACAGGUUUGAGGAAAAAAUCCAUUAAAAUUAUCUAAAGAUAGUUGUUGAAGUGUCACAUUACUAUGGGUAUAUUAGGGUAUGUUAGGGUACAUUUAAAAGGGAUUGUCUUUAACCUGUCUUCUUCCUACGCAGAAAAUCUCUGAUCAGGGUAGUUUGUCCUGUAAGGAGCUAGAGUUGGAGUCUAAGCUCCAGUUCUUUCAGGUUCUUGUCACCAAACUUGAAAGGAUCAUGCCUCUUCCAGAGACCAUGUUUUGUGCUCAGCAGAUCAAAGUUCCCCCAGAGCUACCAGAUAUUUUGAAGCAGUUUACCAAAGCUGCUAUUAGGACUCAGCCUCGUGAUGUUUUGCAGUGGGCAGCUGGUUAUUUCUCAGCAUUGUCAAAAGGCGAGCCCCUUCCUGUAAAGGAGAGGAUUGAAAUGCCUAUAGCAACACAGAAAACGGACACCGGUUUGACCCUAGGACUCCUUAAAAUCUUGCACAAACAGCUUGCUCCAAAAACCUUGGUGAAUGUUGCAGAACUCAAGGAAAAAUGGAAAUACUUGUGCUUGCCAGAAGAACAACUGAAAGCUAUUCUACAAUUGGACAGCUUCAGUGAAGAGGUGGAAUGGAUGAAAAUUCUGGCGCUUGGAUGUAGUGUGCUCGGUGGGUCCUUACUGAGUUCAAUGAAAUAUGCCUGUGAAAUUUUAACAACUGACCCAGAUGGUGGACCAGCUCAUAUUGCAUUUCAAACCUUCUCAUUCCUUUACUCGUAUUUGGCCAGUAUAGAUGGAGAGAUACCAGAGGAGAAAAUUGAAGCUUUCCUCAUCAGCAUUAAAAAACAAGCUGACCAGCAAGCUGGCAUGGUGCAGCUCAGAAACUUUCUGACCCACCCUUCAACAUUAUCUUUAUCAAGACUACCACUCAGCACCAAGCAAUGAGGAAAAAGAAUGGAAUAAAUAUUCAAAGGUGCGUUCAAAGGACUUAAAAGGUAUUCAGAGCAACAAUACUUACAACUUAAAACAGGAAAAGAUCCUCUUCUCUAGCACUUUUUCUUCCUUUAUCCUACUCCUGAAAUUGUCUUUACUUGACAUUAGUUGAAUACAUGGUUAUACAAUUCUUUCACCUGUCCACACUUUGGGAGUUUUUACUCAUUUGCUUAUCCUGAGUAAGAUGUAUUUUAUUAGGGAUCUUUCUAACUAUACUUUGUAAUUAAUUGUAAGAAAAUAAAUAAAAUACAAAAUUAUAUUUAGAAGAGUGUGGACUGUUAAAUUUAGUGCAUCUCAUUAUGCUUCUGUGUAGCUGUCUUUUGACUCUUACACAAACAUAGCAUGUCUUUUGGAUCACCUUGUCUACGUGAAUAAGCUCUAUUAAACAAGCAGUUCUAUCAAGCACUAUUCAACAUGAACCCUGUGGCUGAGGUGAUGG